AUGCGCGCGGGCAUCACGGCCGCCGUCACCCGCGCGUGGAAGAAGGGCAUCAAGUCGUCGGGCGGCGUCGAGUACGCGCCCGAACUCAUGUCCUGGCACCAGCGCAAAGGGUGCGACGGUGGCGUCUGGGAACUGGUCCUCAAGGAUUCGUGUUGGAACCCAAAGUCAGAGGACAAGGUCUCCUCCAAGCGUAUCAUCCUCAACAUUAUGACUGAAGUGGCACACCACGGCUACAGUCUCGAGUCCUCCUACCGCGCAAGUGCAAAGGAUUCCGGCAAGGACACCCUUAUUUUCAGCAAGGGCACGCCAGACCCACAGGCCGUGUUCUUCUCGGUGUGCUUUUAUUCCAGCGACAGGAUCUGGAUCAUUGACGCGAGCGCCGACGUCGGCCAGGCGCUCGAGGAGGGCAUCAAGGCGACCUGGGUCGACGGUGUCCGAGACGCGCGCGUGCGCGAGCGACACUGUCGCGAACUCCGUCUGCGCGGUAACCCAUGGACGUCUCAUUCCGCGCAAGCCCUUAUCUCCAGCCGUGUCAUCAACGUCGUUAUCAUGAAGCUCGUCCGUAUGGCCGGCUACGACUAUGUCGGCUCGGUCCAAGUGGCCGACAACGACGAGUCGGCGAUUCCCAUGUUGAUCUUCCGCCUCAACCCGGACAAGGAGUUCAACUCGCACCACAUCGAGCCCAUCAGCGAGGCCGCGGCAAAGUCGAUGACGAUCGGUCGUUGA